GCGGUGGAUGGUGGGCCCGGUGUCGGUGUCGGCAGCACGGUCAGGCUCUGGUCAGUGGAUGCCUGCUUUGGUAUUGAAUGACAUUGAAACACUUGAGAACCCGAAGCGUCACUCGAACGGUGACGUAGGGGCUUGCAGUGGGCGGGGCUUGUGACUAAUGUCUCCGGUGGUUCUCCGACAGAACCGGUGUGACGGCUGCUCCUCAUUCAUCAGCGGGACGGUGAGCUUCGUGCAGCGUUGCGAUCCCGUCCGCCACUCUGUCUGUUCCGGCAUCUGACACCGAGGACACCGCCGCCGGCCACCAUCCGCGGUUCUGAUGAAUUCCUAAUGGUUCCUCACUUUGGAGAAUUUCCUGAGGAACAAGACAUCUUCUGGACCUUCAACGAAUGGCACGAUCGCUUAGCGCUGCUCCCGACACCGCCCACACCUGCCUGCCUACCCGCUCCCUGCUGGACGUAAACCUUUGGGUUCCUCAGCUUUAACUGAUCACCAGCAGGAUCCCAGCCCAUAGACCAAACUUCAACCUCCCCUAACACAUUGCUGCAGGAUGAAGAUUGAUACCAACCUGACCAUUCCUCAGCUUCCUGAGGCCCUCUCCCAAGCUGGUCUUCAGUUUGCUAUUGCCACUGAGGAGGACUUUGAUGAAAUUAUGGCAAUGAGCAAGGACAUCUAUGGUGGUCUGGACUACCUUCCCACCAGAUACACCAGCUGGCUCCAGGAAUCCAACCGCACAGUUAUUCUGGCACGCAAAGAGGGGAAAGUGAUUGCUCUGGAAUCAGUGUGUGUGAUUGAUGACGGGGAGACGAUGCUUGUGGAAGGUCUCCGUGUCGCUCCUCAGGAAAGGGGGAAGGGCGUAGCGGGAGUUCUGCUGCGCUUCUGCUCCGAGUUGGUCAAAUCCAAGUAUCCAGAUGUAAAAGUGACCCGCCUGACUCGUGACGAUCAGCUUGGGCCCAAGGACUUUGAAAAGUAUCGCAUCAUCACCAAGCAGGGCAUUCUGCUGGUGCGUUUCAGAGCUGAAGAACUCAAAUUGCGACUUCGUGAAAUUAUUCCGAGUGCCGGCAUUCGUUCUUCACAGCAGCCCGGUCCUCCUCCUGUGCUUCUCGAUCAAACAUCUAUCCAUCAGCUCUACCUUACCACUGACUUGAUGCACGACGUGCUUCCUAACGCCACCAUCAUUCAAGACUGGCAGCCAUUCAAGCUUCUACCGAGCAACGUUGCAAUCCUACUGAAGAAGGAAAUCGACUGGCUGGUGGAUGAUGUGUCCAGUCCGACUGUGGCCAGCCUCUGUACCUUCCCUUUCAAGGUGCCCAUUGGAGAUGAUUGGUAUUACCUGAACAUUGACAUGUUUGGUAAAGACCUGAGUUUGGCUCAGCAGCAGUUCCUGCGCCACCUUCAGCGCCACACAAACCACCUGAAGGGUCAUGUGAUGUGCCAGAUAUUCCUGGAGCCUGGUCUUUGGAGGCCCAUGACUGAUUUCUGUCAGAACACUUUAAAUGUAGAUUUGGUGAAAGAGUACACUGAGCAAUGUGUGGUGGAGUCAGAUCUGAUCUAGCAGAAGAAGUUAAACGAGGUAAAGACGGAAGAAAGGAAGAAAGAAAGAAAGAAAAAUAGAAUUCAAAUACACUAAAAUAAAAAAAUUAAAAAAACAUUU